AAAGAACGGCGGUGCCGCUGCUACUGGUCCUCAUUCGAACGCGGCGGCAGACGGAGGCGGCGGCUGAGGAGAGCGGAAGCAAAGAAGCCGAAGCGUCGACAGCCUGAAGCGGCCGAGGCGCAGUCUAAGAGCCGCCGGCCGCCGCUCCACCACCUCCCUCGGCAACAGCGGCCGCUUCGUGGGCGCCGCCUGGGUCCUGCCGGGUCUCCUCCGUCUCGGCUGAGGAUGGGCGCGGAGGCUCCAGUCCGGCGCCAGCAGGGAUGCCGCCGGGUGCGGCUGAUGUGCAUGCUGGCGCUGACCUUCCUGUUCUUCGUGGUGGAGGUGGUGGUGAGCCGGGUGACGGAGUCUCUGGCCAUGCUGUCGGACUCCUUCCACAUGCUGUCCGACGUGAUGGCGCUGGUGGUGGCGCUAGUGGCCGUGCGCUUCGCGGAGCGCACCCGCGCCACCAAGAAGAACACCUUCGGCUGGGUGCGCGCUGAGGUGAUGGGCGCGCUGGUCAACGCCGUCUUCCUGACGGCGCUCUGCUUCACCAUCCUGCUCGAGGCCAUCGAGCGCUUCACCGAGCCCAACGAGAUCAAGCAGCCCUGGGUGGUCAUCGGCGUCGGCGCCGCAGGGCUCCUCGUCAACGUCCUGGGGCUGUGUCUCUUCCACCAGCACGGCGGCGGAGGAGGCCACGGGCACUCGCACGGGGGAGGAGGAGGGGGCCGCCGGGGCAACUCCCGGGUCAAGGCAGAGCAGCCUUCCGGAGACCGGCAGAAAGAAGAGGAGACCAACACCCUGGUGGACAAUUUCAGCGGCUUCAAUGGAGUCAGCCUGGAGAAGCUAGGUGAUGGGGCAAAAGAGAACCAAAUGGAACUUCAGCCAAAUGGGAAUAUUGAUAAUGACACCGCUCUGGACAUAGAACCUGACGAAGACACUAGUGGUCAACUCAAUAUGCGUGGAGUAUUUCUUCAUGUUCUUGGAGAUGCCCUGGGCUCAGUUAUUGUUGUGGUGAAUGCUUUAGUAUUUUACGCUUACUGGACUCCUUGCCCUAAGGAUGGGCCUUGCAUUAACCAAUGUAUCAAUGACGAUUGUGCAGAAAACAUUACACAGUUAUCUAGUAGAUUGAAUACAACUGAGUUAUGGAAAAUUCCUGUAGCUGGUCCCUGCUGGGUUCUAUAUUUAGAUCCUGCAUUGUGUCUCAUAAUGGUUUGCAUUCUGCUCUAUACAACUUACCCACUUCUUAAAGAAUCCGCCCUCAUCCUUUUGCAAACAGUUCCGAAACAAAUUGAUAUUCGUUCUUUAAAUGCGAAACUCCGCAAACUGGAAGAAGUUGAAGCUGUCCAUGAAUUGCAUGUUUGGCAGCUAGCAGGAAGCAGGAUCAUUGGCACUGCUCACAUUAAAUUUAAGGACCCAGAAACUUACUUAAAAGUUGCGAAGGAUAUUAAAGAGGUAUUUCAUAAUGAAGGGAUACACGCAACAACCAUACAGCCUGAGUUUACUAUUGGGGAGGCUGUAACCAAAUGUGAACUUCCCUGCAGAACCCAGUGUGCUCUGAAGCAGUGUUGUGGAACUACGGGAAAGACUACUACAAAGAAGACCGAUAAGUCCCCUUCCGUUUCUAUUUCUUUCUCUGAAAUAGCCGUUGACUCUUCACAGCACAAAACCAGGAGGACUAAAUCAGAGUGUAUACCUACUGUAAAGCUUGAGGAAGAUCCUAACAAACAGUUUGAAUCGUCUUUGUAAUUCCCAAAGUUGUGCUGAGUGAAGUCUGGAUUCAACCACAGGUUGAUUUUGAGAAGAAAGACUAGCAUUAAAGAGACAAGUUGCAAAGUAUUGUAAUUGUUGAAGUCCCUGUUCUGGUCACAAUACUUAAAUCUAGGCUGCCUGUU